AUGACAAGACCAGAUAUAUCAUUUAGUACUCAGACACUGAGUCAAUUUUUACAGCAACCAAAAAGGUCUCAUCUUGAUGCUGUAUUAAGGGUGAUCAGAUACCUAAAGAAACAACCUGGUCAAGGACUGCUAUUGGCAAGUGAUUCAGAUGGACAAGUUACUGCAUUCUGUGAUGCUGAUUGGGCAUCUUGUCCACUCACUAGGAAGUCUGUGAUAGGGUAUAUGGUUAAGAUUGGUAAAUCAUUAAUAUCAUGGAAGGCAAAGAAGCAAACGACAGUGUCAAGAAGCUCAGCUGAAGCUGAGUAUAGAAGCUUGGCUUCAACUAUUUCAUAA